AUGAACACCGAAUCAGUUGUGGAGUUCCUUGGAAACGUUCCCUUACUUCAGAAGCUUCCGAGCUCUUCUCUCAAAAAGAUCGCUCAAGUUGUUGUGCUGAAACGCUAUGGGAAAGGGGAUUAUGUGGUUCGAGAAGGCCAAGCUUGGGAUGGAUGCUAUUUCAUUUUUGCUGGAGAGGCUCAGGUAACUGGACCAGCCGAAGAAGAAAACCGUUCUGAGUUUCUCCUGAAACAAUAUGAUUACUUCGGCCAUGGCAUUUCUGGCCAUGUUCAUUCAGCUGACAUUGUUGCUAUGUCCGAGCUUACAUGUUUGGUGUUACCUCGUGGUUCUUGUCAUCUGCUUGAGACAAAUUCAAUCUGGCAGUCGGAUAAAGCAGUUGACCAAUGCUCUUUAGUGGAACGCAUUUUGCAUCUCGACCCUUUAGAAUUGAAUAUCUUUAGAGGGGUCACACUACCUGAUGCUCCCAUAUUUGGGAAGGUCUUUGGAGGACAAUUUAUGGGACAGGCGCUUGCUGCUGCAUCAAAAACUGUUGAUUUUCUCAAGAUAGUCCACAGUUUACAUUCUUAUUUCCUUCUCGUUGGAGAUAUCGAUAUCCCCAUUAUAUAUCAAGUUCACCGCAUACGUGAUGGGAACAACUUUGCCACCCGACGAGUAGAUGCAAUUCAAAAAGGGAAUAUCAUUUUCAUGUUGUUGGCAUCCUUUCAGAAAGAGCAACAAGGAUUUGAUCACCAGGAGUCAACCAUGCCCUCUGUGCCAGAUCCUGAUACGCUUCUAUCACUAGAGGAGUUGCGUGACCGUCGUAUAACUGAUCCUCAGCUACCUAGGAGUUACCGGAACAAAGUUGCAACUGCAAAUUUUAUUCCAUGGCCUAUUGAGAUUCGAUUUUGUGAUCCCAGCAACUCAACAAAUCAGACAAAGUCUCCACCCAGAUUGAGGUAUUGGUUUAGAGCAAAGGGAAAGCUUUCUGAUGACCAAGCGUUGCACCGAUGCGUGGUGGCAUUUGCAUCGGAUUUAAUAUUUGCUAGCAUCAGUUUGAACCCACACCGCAGAAAGGGCCUGAGAUCCGCUGCACUUAGCCUCGACCAUUCGAUGUGGUUUCACCGACCUCUAAGAGCUGAUGAUUGGUUGCUUUUUGUGAUUGUGAGCCCAACUGCGUACAUGACACGUGGUUUUGUCACUGGUCAAAUGUUCAACCGAAAAGGAGAGCUGGUUGUAUCAUUAACCCAAGAGGCCUUGUUAAGAGAGGCUAGACCUCCUAAACCUUCUCUUACCUCCAAGCUGUGA